AAAACCGGUGUUUUGGAGCGAGCUAUCACGCGAUUUCGGAACGAGAUUUGCUUUCUAGCGUCCUGAGCUUUGGAUACAGACCACAACAAAGAGCGAUCGCCAGGUAAUGUGGAGGUUUUCGUUCACUUCUCAUCUCUAGUAUGUUGUGGGACACUCGUUGAGACUAUCCUAGCCGGUCAGUGUGGGGAAAAAAGCACGUUAGGGCGGACUUUGACGCGGGGGGGGGGGGGGGCCUCUUGCCCCAUACUUUUCGCUAGCUGAGCUGCUAAGCUGACUGCCUGGCUAAAUACUGGAGCUAUGUUGAAAAUUCAUUUCUCCAUCACUCACAUGUAUGAAAUGACAUAUGAAAACAGACCCCAGGUUGAAAAAAAACGAAGUUCCCCUUUAAGGUAUUUCUAAAGAUGAAAAUUUGGACUUGACUGUGUGCCAACAUAAAAAAGUACUGAUGGGAUCAACUUAGGUCAGGCUGUGACCAAAAUAAUUUAGCUAUGAAAAAUGGAUGAACUUUGCUUGAAAAGUUCCAGAGUGAGAGGAAGAUCUUUAAUGUUUCAGUGUUUGUUUCAUGAAGUUUUAGCUAUGCAAUGCAUCCCAAAAACAAUUCCCUUUCACUUCCUUGUGGGUAGAGUAACACUAUUUUUGAGAAAAUGUUCAAUAGAUUCACGUAGAGGUCAAACACUCUGUUGCACUGUUCUGUCUAAAACCUCUUUCUAUGAAUAUUGUGCUUACCUACUGCUGUUGUUUUGGUUUGGAAAAUGUUGACUUCAGUUUUGAUUUUGAUAGUUUUUAUUUAUUUAAAUGCUUCUGUGGGUUCAGAAGAUGCCAGGACCUCUACAGAGAAGGAAUCUCCUCUGAAAAAUGUAAAAAUGUAUGGUCUUCAAGUUAAUGCAGGGCUUCAGACUGCGACCAAAUCUGACAUUAGAACACCUUAGUUUAACUCUUUUCAAAGCAAUUUUUGCUCACACACCUCUUUGAGAACCACAACUACGAAGCAGCAACUAUCGCAGCCAGUAAUGUGGGGUGUUCAGGGAACUCUGGUAAAUUGCAUUAUCGAUAAGAAGAUGUUAUGCAAGUGAUGUGUUUUGCUUGUGACAAGGUUGGAGGUGCUACCAAGUGAGAAAGGUAGUUAUCUGGUGCUACUGGUGAAAAUGUCAGUAAAACAUCACAGGUGAAUAUGGGGAACAUUUUUAACUAAUGAAGACACAUCAACGUAUAACAUCCUCUGGUGAUUACUUACAGUGAGGAAAGAAAUAUUUCUAUACAUCAGGCUGUGAGUGAUAAACCCCUCAAUAAAAACCUCCAGAAUACAGACAGGAAUAAAACUGGAAAGUCUGGUAUCUUCAAGUGUUGUUGAAAACUACAUUUGUGUCUCAGAAUAUUAGGAAAAAAACUACGGUGGCCGACAGGGGCCAACGAUCUGCAACUUACCAAAACUCCUCAGUUUAGGAAAACAGCUUCAAGUACAGAAACGAUGCAAAAUCACAAACUCAAACACAGGUCUACACGAGGUACAAAAGAGGAUCGUGGUGCAAAUGAAAUAACGCGCUGAAAAAAACAAAACGCGCUGCUGAAAGAGGAACGAUGCAAAGGAGAAAACGAUCUCCAAAUCAAAAAACGAUCUGCAAAUCAAGUAACGAUUUCCAGAACAUGAAACGAUUUCCAAACCAAGAAACGAUCUGCAAACUAAAAAACGAUUUCAAAACCAAGAAACGAUCUUCCAAUGAAAAACGCUGCAUUACCAGUUACUACGAACGGAGCAGGGGACGCUCUCGGCGUAAUGGGAUGGAGAGAGAGAGACAGGACCGGACAGCUGCCUGAACGACUGUGCAUAAAAUACAACGCGAACGAGCUGGGAACAAUUUACAGGUUCUGUGGCUCAUGUGGAACCAAUGUGCAGUCUUUGGAAGAAUAUGCAAACAACAGAGCAGAAUCAGAUAUUCCCACCCAAGAGGAUUUAAUCCAAAGAUAUUUUCAUCACAGCUACAGCAAUGGAGAAAUUUUAGAUUUUUUGUCUUCAAAACACAAAAUUAAUAUGAGUCUUCGCUCUCUGAAGAGGAAGCUGAAAAGUUUGUCUCUGUUUAGGCCGAAAGACUACUCUCCUCUUGCCACUGUUCGUGCUGCCAUCCAGGAGGAGUUAAAAGGUCCAGGAAAACACUAUGGCUACCGCUCAAUGUGGCAGACACUGCACUCAAAGUACUCGCUCACUGUCAAGAGGGAUGAUGUCAUGACCAUCAUGAGAGAACUUGACCCACAAGGCAUUCAACUACGUGCAAGCAGAAAAUUUUUAAAAAGAGUGUACAGUUCUGCUGGACCAAACCAUGUCUGGCAUGUGGAUGGUUAUGACAAGCUGAAGCCGUACGGUUUUGGAAUAAGUGGCUGCAUUGAUGGAUUUUCUCGGAAGGUGCUGUGGUUGAGAUGCGCAGCAAGCAACAAUGACCCAGUGGUCAUUUCCCAAAUUUACCUGAACUGUGUGGCUGAAGGUGGAAUCAUUCCAACACGACUUCGAACUGACUGUGGUACUGAAAAUGGAACAAUGGCUGCAAUUCAUUGUACCUUAAGGUCAUCUCAUACUGAUGACUAUGCUGGGGCUGCCAGUCAUUUGUAUGGCUCUUCAAUGGUAAACCAAAGAAUUGAAAGCUGGUGGUCAUAUUUUCGCAAACAGAGGUGUCAUUAUGUAUUGUUUUUUUGUGUUUUACAAGCUACAAGCAAAUUUUUAAAAUGAAAUUUAAAACAGACAAUAUAACAUUAUGGUUCUUGCAUGUUUAUUGUUUUUUGAUGAACAACAAAUUAUAUUUUUCAUGUGAUUAAAACAUUUUAGAUUGAAUCACUAGUAUCCAAAAACAUUACAUGAAAUGUAUCAAACUCAUUUCAGCUUGUGUCUUCAGGUCACAAUUUUGGAUGGACCUUCUGAAUGAUUUGAGAGAAACAAAUCUCUACAAUGGUAGUCAUGAGCACACAUGCCUCCUGCGAUUUGUGUUUAUGGAUGUUCUACAACGUGACCUUGAUGAAUGUAGAAAAAAGUGGAACACUCAUACAAUCAGACCUGUCAAACUGUCUCGUUGUCCUUCGGGUAAACCAGAGGUCAUAUACAACCGACCUCACAGGUUUGGUGCAACUGAGUGUGGGUUAGGAACUGCAGCCAUUUCAGACUGAGGCCAUACACAGUACAUGUGGAGAUCACCAUCUCCAGUCACGCUUUGAGGAUCUACAGAGUCAAAGUGGGAUGAUGCAUCCACUUACCUGGGAGUCCUGCGUGGAACUCUAUAUGACAUUGAAGAACCUGGCUGAUUUGUAACCACACUGGAAAUACAGGUUCUGCUGCAUGGGAAGCGAGACACCCUUUGAAAGACCAGCUUUGGUCUUGGGUUAAACCCAGAUGGGGGCAGUGAACUGAGUCCUGUGGCGAACAUCAGGAUAUCAGCGAGGGAAAGUCCUGUUUGUUUAUCUGAAAGAAAAAAAGAUUUACAAAAAUGUGUUUGAUUAUACCUGUCUUCAUAAAGCAUUAUAGAAAUAGGAACAAUUGUAUGACAUGCUGUUGUAAUAAACCUUCUGUAUCGGGGAGAUAGUCUCUCCAGAAUGCGA